AUGAAGUUCUCCGCUGUCCUCGCUGCCCUCGGUGCCGCCGUCGCCAUCGCGUCCCCCGCCGUCAACAACGUCACCCCCAACACCGUCGGUGCUCUCGAGCGCCGCGCCGCUUUCCCCAUCCCCGCCUCCAAGGGCUCCGUCACCUACAAGAAGGUCCAGACCAUCAAGGGUGUCUUCGACGGUGGCCUCAAGACCUACGGCCGUGGCGUCAAGUGCACCGGCCAGAAGGAGGGCGGUGACGCCGAUGCCGUCUUCAUCCUCGAGAACGGCGCUACCCUGAAGAACGCCAUCAUCGGCGCCGACCAGAUCGAGGGUGUCCACUGCAAGGGCGCCUGCACCAUCGAGAACGUUUGGUGGAAGGAUGUCUGCGAGGACGCCUUGAGCAUUAAGGGUGACGGAAACGCUCUUAUCCGAGGAGGAGGGGCCCAGUCUGCUUCUGACAAGGUUAUCCAGCACAACGGUCUCGGAACCGUGACCAUUGACGGCUUCACCGUCGUCGACUUCGGCAAGCUGUACCGCGCAUGCGGUAACUGCAAGAAGAUGGGCCGCCGCAACGUCGUCAUCAAGAACGUCAAGGCCUACAACGGCAAGCUCCUCGCCGGCAUCAACAGCAACAAGGGUGACGUCGCCACGAUCAGCAACACCUGCUCCACCAGCGUGAAGAAGGUCUGCACCGAGUUCAACGGCACCACCCCCGGCAACGAGCCCAAGGAGAUCCGCUCGGGCCCUUCUGCCUCUUGCAAGUACACCACCGUCAAGGCUUGCUAA